AUGUUGAUGAAUCAUUUAAGAAAUUGUGGAAAAUUUUCAACUCUUGUGUUUGCCGACCAUUCAAGUGGAAAAUUAUCGAAGUCAACUCUUAAAAUCUUAAAUGCAGCAAAAUUAUUGAACCAAUAGAUCUCUUUAUUAGUAGCUAGCAAUGAUGCAAGUUCUGUGGUUGAUUAAAUCAAAUCAUCAAUACCCAGCAAUGUUGUACACCAAGUAUUAGUUGCACAACAUGACUCAUUUAAAGCUCCUUAGGCAGAUUUAUUGGGCAAUUUGGUUAAAUAGUUGAUUGAUUAACAUGGAUUCACUAAUUUUGUCACUAGCACUUCUACUAUAGCUAAAGACUUUUUACCUAGAGUGGCUGUUAAAUAUGCAGCCCAACCCAUUACAGAUGUUAUAGCUAUAAAUAAUGAUGUAUUUCUCAGACCUGUUUAUGCAGGAAAUGCAAUUGCUUAAGUGAAAUCAAAUGACAAAGUUAAAUUCAUUUCCUUCAGACCUACAAAUUUCGAAGAAAUUUAAUAAACUGGUGAUAAAGUGUCAAAUAUUGUAUAAGUUAAAGUGGAGAACACAAAAUAAUUGAUCGAACACGUCUCAGAUGAAUUAGUGUAAAGCGAUAAACCAGAAUUGACUACUGCUAAAUUUAUUGUAUCAGGAGGAAGAGCUUUAGGAAGCAAAGAGAAUUUCAAGAUUUUGGAUGAAUUAGCAAAUGCUCUGGGCAACACUGCUAUUGGAGCUUCAAGAGCAGCAGUAGAUGCAGGAUAUGCUGCAAAUGAUUAAUAAGUUGGACAAACAGGCAAAGUAGUUGCUCCUGAAUUAUAUAUUGCUGUAGGAAUAUCAGGAGCUAUUCAACAUUUGGCAGGAAUGAAAGAUUCUAAGGUGAUAGUAGCUAUCAAUAAGGAUCAAGAGGCUCCAAUUGUAAGUGUUGCUGAUUAUACAAUUGUUGAUGAUUUGUUUAAAGUAGUGCCAGAGUUAACAAAGAAAAUAAAAGAAAUUAAAUAAUGAUAAAAUGACGUAAUUAUAUAAAUAAUAAAAA